AUGAGUGGAAGGCCGUCGUCCCCUUCAGUGAGACGGUUAUGUCAGUGGAUGGAUCGCGGCCACGGGCGGCUCUCGUUCCGGCUCACACAGGUGCUGACUGGGCAUGGGUGUUUUGCCCAGUACCUGUGCCGGAUCGGCAGGGAGCGGUCACCGGGCUGCCACCAUUGUGGUGUAGGGCCGGAUACGGUGGAACACACCGUCGAGGAGUGCCCGGCGUGGGCAUGGCCUCGGCACUAUUUGGAGUGCGAGGUCGGUGUGAAUGUAAGCGUGAAUGUGCUGGUUGAGAGAAUGUUACAUAGUGAGAACGAGUGGAAGGCCGUCGUCUCCUUCAGUGAGACGGUUAUGUCCCGGAAGGAGGCGGCGGAGCGCGAGAGACAGCGUCGUGCUGGAGUGACUGACAGCAGAGUGUUGAGAAGGAGAAGGCGACCGGGGAAUCCGGACCCGGUUUCCCGGGCGCCCUCCUGA